AUGGAAGAGUUCUACGCCAAGGGAUCUGGUUGGACCUUGCACAAAAUCCUCCACCUCGAGUUACGAAUUAAUCGUUACGUUCCACUCAGAGGCUCCAGUUACGUGGAACUACACGAAAAGGUUUCAGCUAAGAAAGCAAUCGUAAAUAUAAAGAACACUGAUCAGAAAUGUUUCGUGUGGUCAAUCUUAGCCGCGUUGCAUCCCAAGGGGUGGCAAGCGAAGCCUGAGCGUAUCCACCACUAUCAACCUUUUGAGCACGAAUUAGACGUACAUUUGGACGGUAUCACUUUUCCUGUGAGUCUCGACCACGUCAAGCUGUUUGAAAAGCGAUCUGGAAUAUCCGUCAACGUGUACUCUUACGACGAGAAACUGGUCGUCUAUCCGCUGUACGUGACACGAGAAGAAAAAGACACACACGUUGACUUGCUGUAUAUUAGAGAUCAAAACAACUCUCACUACUGCCUCAUCAAAGAUCUCAGCCGAUUAGUACGUUCACAACUUUCAAAGCACACGACUAGAACCUGGCUCUGCAAGCGCUGCCUCAUGCAUUACGGAACCGAGGAACUACUGAUCAAACACAAAGAAGACUGCAGCGAACACGAGGCGGUGAAAAUACUGACACCGAAAGAAGGCUCCACAAUUCAGUUUAAGGACUUCAAACACGCGAUGAGAGUUCCGUUCGUGGCUUACGCUGACUUUGAGUGUAUGCUGACUCCCGUAGCCAGCAGCAGACGGGAUCCCGAUGCACAAAGUUCUUACACUGAAAAGUAUCAGAAACACGAAGCAGUUAGUUUCUCGUACUACUUCGUGUACUCUGACGGUGAUUACAAACCGCCCACAACGUAUUUCGGAACUGACGCUGCACAAGUGUUCGUGGAAAGCAUCAUGAACGAUGCCAGGGAAAUAUUCCAACUUUACUCAAGAGCUGCUGCUCUACCGAUGGAGCUGACUCAAGACGAUUUACACGCAAUAGCCAACGCUCGGCAGUGUCACAUCUGUGGCAAGUCUUCCAACGAUCCCAACGAUUAUGAAGUUCGCGAUCACGACCAUCUGACGGGGAAAUUCAGAGGUAUGGCACACAACUCUUGCAACCUCAACUUUAAGAAACCACAUUUCCUGCCAGUGUUUGUUCACAACCUGAGCGGAUACGACACCCACCUGUUUAUCAAAAUGUUUGGGCUCAACAACGAGACCAUCAAAGUUAUUCCCAAUAACGAGGAACGUUACAUCUCGUACACCAUCGAGGUUUGA